AACGAUCACGUGGGUAUGGAUAUUUGGCAUUCUGGGACACAAACAGUGGUGGGUAUGAAAUACAGCUCCAACAGUGUCCACGGUGGAAAGCGAAGCGAGAAAUAAGACACUCAGCUGGAGACCAAAACAAACAGCAUCGCUUUACACGACUUCUGUGCGCAGAUUUUGACCGGAGCGGGCAACGGGAAACCUGAGGUCUGUUUCAGAGCAUUGACUUCACGAUGGACAGGGGGAUUUUGUUAUCCAUGCAGCCUGCUAGCUAGAGCCGAGAGUAAGUUAGCGAAGACUGAUGCUACUGUUAGCUGGGUGAAGAGAUCAGGGCUUGAGCUGAAGUCUUAAAAGUAGAACUCCAUCGCCUUCUUACCUUAAAGCCGUUCACGGGUAAUGGUUGAGUCGUUUGACCAUUGACCCUCACACUUUCUUCUCAGUUCGUACUUCUCUUAUUUACCAUCAUUCUAUCAUUAAAUAGAGAAUAAAGUGUAUAUAAUUCGCAAUGACAACGGGGAAUAAGACGUGCAUCGCAGAAUGUCUUUAUGAAAAUGGCAUUCAUAAUUCAUUCAGCUGGAAGGGUUCACAGCUCGUUUACCCGAGAUAAAAGUGACCUAUCGUAACGCCCACACAGAUGUAGGGGACUGGUCUCUGGUUCAUCACAGACCCAUUACAAAGCGAUGGCCUACGAGUGAAGCCAUCUGCUCAUAAAACUUCAACUUGCUUGGAACGAGAUAGAAUGUCCCACUGGACUGCUUGAGCCACAUCUGUCUUCAUCGCAUACGGGUCGUCUGAGCUCGUCCCCAAACCCAAUCCGCGGGGGCCAAUAUGUGGUUGGCAGGGUCCACAACCCUGCAUCUGGGCACCAAGCUCGCCAAACAUGCCGUAGGCAAAGCUCAGAUACAGAUCAACCGCUGGCUCCAGAGGUCUGCUACCGACGAGUGUGACAAAAUUGACAUUUUGAUAUGCAGCGCCUUCGAGGAGAGAACAGCGGGCAACGGGAAGUCCGAAGCCGGGGACUCUGAAGUUAACAUUGGCGAUGGCGUGUCUUUCCCCGGCGUCGGGGAGUCUCGUCAUCCGUGCUGCAUCACCGCCUGCUGCUUCAAGAGCGCCGUGCUUGCGUGCAUCCUUACGGCAAUGUGUUUCUCUUCCGUGGCCCUGGUGCGGCAGUAUCUCAAGGAUCUGCUGCUUUGGGUGGAGGGAUUGGACAGCGCCGUGGGAGCCUUGCUGUUCAUCGUCGGAUUGAUCCUCGUGUCGUUCCCCUGUAGCUGGGGGUAUAUUGUACUUAACGUGGCAGCGGGGUACCUGUACGGAUUUGUGCUGGGCUUGGGACUCGUCAUGGUGGGUGUGUUGAUCGGGACCUUCGUGGCGCACAUUGUGUGCAAGCGGCUGUUGACCGAGUGGGUGCUGAACAAGAUCGGGAACAGCGAGCAGCUGAGCGCUGUCAUACGAGUGGUGGAGGGAGGGAGCGGACUCAAAGUUGUGGCCUUAUCAAGAUUGACACCCAUACCGUUUGGGCUCCAAAAUGCAGUUUUUUCGAUCACAGACGUGUCCUUGCCAAACUACCUGGUGGCGUCCUCGGCGGGCCUGCUGCCCACCCAGGUGCUCAACUCCUACCUGGGCACCACCCUGCGCACCAUGGAGGACGUCAUCGCCGAGCAGCGGGUCAGCGGCUACCUGGUGUUCAGCCUGCAGAUCGUCAUCAGCAUCGGCCUGAUGUUCUACGUGGUGCACCGCGCCCAGCUGGAGCUCAACGCCGCCAUCGCCGCCUGCCAGAUGGAGCUCAAGAGCUCGCGCAUGAACGGCACCUCCGCCCACCACGGCGGCUUCAGCUACUGCAGCAAGCGGGCGGCCGCUAUGGCCAACAGCGGGAACUGCGUCAACGUGGUCUGAGAGGACACGCCCCCCCACCCCCCCCCCCAGCCUCCCCCCACCCCCCCCUCCAACACACGGUCUACUGCACACUGGACUGCCGGCCACGAGACGCACGCUAAGAGAAGGCCGUCACCGCCGCGCGUGCCUCCCUUUAAACCUCAAACUACACAAAUAAGGGCAAAGCGUUUCCACGACAAACGGUUAAAAAACUAAAAAACGUGUUUGUGUUUGUGUUUUUUUUUUUUUUUUUUUUUUUUUUCAAGUGAGUCGAUGCAGACAGCGUCUCCUCCUAACAGCGCACAUUUUUAUGCAGACAUUGUCCUGAUGCCCGGAAAGGCGGAGGUUUGCGGUUCGUGUGUGUGUUUGUCGGGACAGCGACGGUCCGGGAGGUGUGGCACUACCCUCAGCCCGUCACAGCGCUGCUUGCUCAGCUCUGUUCCAGGAGUUGUCAAUUGAACACUGAUGUUCAUGAGCAGAACUGCAAGGCAAAGUGAACUGAUUUGCAUACACAAUGAAUGUGCAUCUAGAUACUUCCUCCACGGAGGAACGGGGGUUUCCUUUGCCGAGUCAAAAUGAUGACCACCUAUGCACCUUUUCACAAUGCAUCCACAACAACCCCCUCGACACCAAUCCCCCCCCCCCCCCCCCCAAACGGUUUCCUUGUUUGCGUCAGGGAGUCUCGGUAUUCAACGCUAAUUGACAUGGCUGUAAGUUUAUUAAUUUAGUAUUAUCUUGAAUUGUAAUUUUUUGGAUUCUUGGUUUGCUUGGGCGUAGUCACAGUAUUACUGGAUCAUUUUUUUUGUGUUCUAGGCUGUGAGGAACAGAUGGGAGGAAGAGCAAAAUUCCCAGCAGGAAUUUUCUAAAUGUCCUGCCAGGACAGCUGAAGUGCAGCAUGAUUCCCUCUCCACCCACAACAGCUCCCCUCUCCUAAGUUAAAACACAUUUUCCUUUUAACCUAGAGGCUGUUUUUUUAUAUUCGGUUGGAAGAGUUUGAUUUUUGUUCUCUCUCUUUUAUUUAUUUAAAGAUUAAUUUAGGUAUUCCUUAGCUAUUGCUUGGACUAGGCUAGGUAGCUUUACCACACAGACCUUUUUGUGCAAUGUACCGGUGAACAAGCACCAUGAAUGUCAUAUUUUAGUUCCGAAAGCCAAAACUAAACGCAGUUAAGCACAGUGAAGGAUAGCCGGAUAUGGGGGAAACUUUGGUUUUGGGUUUAAUUUCUUUAGUGACCUUAUUAGAUGUUCAUGCCAGAUGAGAUGUUAUUUUUAAUAAGUGCCAUAUAGAGGCGAUGCGUAUCAGGUGCCAUGGUAUUUCCCGCUACUUCAGUUGAGGGGACAUGUGACUUAUCAUAUUUCUAUGUACCUGCUAUUGUUGGCAAGAUUUGAUGAUAAUUUAUAUGUGAACUUUUCUUUUUACUUACCAAUCCAGCAGUGAAGCUCCAUUUUUUUUUAAUUUUAUUUAAGUUUAAUUUACAAUCCACAACCUUACCUUAUAUAUAGUUUCAUACUGCCCAGUGAACUUGCAGCCAAGUUUGACAGUCCUGGUUGGUGUGUCACGGAGGCCGACAAUCAAACCCAAUAUGGACACUUAUCGAUGAAUGUGAUCAUAUUAUUUUCUAUUAGAUAUAUUAUUGUAAUGCUGCUCCUCAGACAUUGUGUCGAAGAUAAUUAAGGGCUCCUCUAUCCACAUUAUCUGUCUUCACCUCCCUCUUUAUACACACACCUGAAAAAUGUGCACAACAUUUUUCACAAUCAGUCUAUUUUGUGGUUUGUUUUUCAAAAACAGGCAACAAUUAAAUGCGCACCCAAAUACAUUCCAUGCUGUAUCUUCUGAAAGGCGGUAGAAAAUGUUUGACAUUUAUUAUUUUUUGUCUAGAUGGCAUUUACCUUUUAAAUUGGUGUCUGAACACAUCAAUAUUGUCCAAUUGCCACUGUAUCCAAUAAUUGGUUUUAGGAACAUAAUUAGUGAGCCUAUGAGUCAUUAUCGUUGCUUCAAAAAUACAUUUGAUCGGUUCCUUAUUCAAAUGUAGUGGAUAAAAUAAGAACAUUCCUGGGAUUUCUGGAUCAGCCUCUCUUCCAUGCCUGUAAUGCGAUUUAAGAUCUUGAAUUAUACCCCCCCCCCCCCCCUCCAAUGUACAGCGUGUUUACUGUAUGUUUAUCGAUCAACCUAUUGCUCCUCCUUUUGCAUGAAAAGUUGCCUUUGUCCACCCAGUGGUCUCCCAGGCUUGUGGUCAGAUGAAGCACGUAUGGAAACACCAGCUGGCUGCUUCAGCGCAGGAUUGGGGUUUGUGUAGUUGACGGGAACACAACGCAGAAGAGGGGUUGGAACAGUGUUUCAUCCAACAGCACAGAGGGAGAUGUAUGUAACCAGCCAUGAAUCAUGUUUUUUAGGAUUCAACUGUAUUUUUUGAGGUUGUGGAGAGUUUCUGUAAAAGAAGGAGCAGUUUGUACACUAAAGGCUUCAAGUAUUCUUUGGUCAGCUCAGCUGUAGUUACUUAGAUAUAGUUAUGCAACAACCUAUUCCUAAAGGACGUGUAUUUCAUAGAUAUUGAUGCAAGACUUGAGGCUGGGCUGUAAAACUGCACAUUUAAACUGUUGGUACCAAGGGAAAUGAAUAUAUAUAUGAAUAUAAGAGGCUCACAGGGGUACUAUGAAACAUGAAUUACUUCUAAACCUGUAUCAAGUGCAUUACACAUAAACUGUAUUUUGUAAAACAGAAUUUUUACAGAGAGUGUAUGAAUAUUGAUAUUUAUCACUGUACAAUGCUUGUUCAGUGUUAUUUAUGGGAGAGAAAUAAAACAAAUUCACUUUCUUUAAAAUAA